AUGGGUCGCAAAGAAUACAAUCGUCAAGCACCAAAGAGAGAUCGAAAUGACGACGACCAAGCAUCGAAGCGAAGAAAGACGAUGCAUAAUGGAGAAUCAGAACCAACAGCAUUUAGUACGGAGUUCUCCAAGGAGGAAAUCGAGAGUGAAGUACGAAAACCCAAACACAAAGUAGCCGUGAUGAUUGGCUAUGCAGGAACUGGAUACAAAGGCUUGCAAAUCAAUACCAAGGAGAAGACGAUCGAGGGUGACAUGUUCAAGGCCUUUGUGGCAGCUGGUGCGAUUUCGAAAGCCAAUGCAAAUGAUCCAAAGAAGUCAGCCUUAGUACGAUGCGCGCGAACCGACAAAGGAGUUCAUGCAGCUGGCAAUGUUCUCUCCUUGAAACUCAUUACCGAAGACCCCAAUGUCGUUGAGAAUAUCAAUUCACAUUUACCAGAUCAAAUUCGAGUCUGGGGUAUUGAAAGAACUACAGGGUCCUUCAAUUGCUAUCAAAUGUGUGACUCGCGGUGGUAUGAAUAUUUAAUUCCAACUUAUUCAUUUAUCCCACCUCAUCCUAAGAGUUUUCUUGGAAAGGAAUUGCUACAGGCAGCUGAGAAAGAAGGUGUCUUGGAAAAAUUCAAUCAACUUCAAGAAGAUGCUGCAUCAUUCUGGACAGAUGCUGAGAAAGAAUUCGUACAACCUAUACUUGAUAACCUGGAUCCACAAUUGGCGGCAGAUGUUAUGGAAGCUAUCCAUGCUGCGGAGGAAUCCAAUGAACCAAUUGGAAAGAAUAUAAAGAAAAACAAGGCAGAAGGCAAAGAUGGUGCCGAAAUCAAGGAAGAAACCAAGGAGGAACCGAUAACAAACAACGAAGCAGAAACUGAAGGCGAAUUGGCGCCCAAAGAGGAACCUGUAGCAGUCGAGGUCAACGAAGACGGAGAUGUCAAGCAAAGUCCUAAACCCGCAGCGGAGGUGGAAAAGGAGGAACCGGAAGCCAUGCAAGGCAUAGAAACUACUGGAGAACCAGUAGUAAAGGAUGAGACUAACCAGGAUGGAGAAGCCAAGCCGGAAGCAGACGGUGUCCAAGAAAUCUCGAAAUCCAUUCUUACGCCUCUCGAAAAGGCUGUCAAGGAAGUAAAAGCAGCCUAUAUCAAAGCCAAGAAAGCAUACCGCAUACACGAAUCUCGCAGACAAAGAGUACAAGAAGCGCUCAACCAAUAUGUUGGUACUUACAACUACCACAACUAUACAAUUCUCAAAAACUACAGUGAUCCCUCUUCAAGACGACACAUCAAGUCCUUCAAGAUUGGACCCAAACCCAUCAUCAUCCACGAUACAGAAUGGCUCUCAUUAAAGGUCCACGGUCAAUCCUUCAUGAUGCAUCAAAUCAGAAAGAUGGUAGCCAUGGCAGCAUUAGUGGUACGAUGUGCUUCGCCAAUGGAGCUUAUCAAGGAAACUUAUACUGCUGCCAAGAUCAGUAUACCAAAAGCUCCUAGUUUGGGAUUACUAUUAGAAGCACCAGUUUUCCAUAACUACAAUGAGAAGGUUGCAAAAGAUUUUGAUAGAGAAAAACUAGACUUCGAGAAAUAUAGAGAAAAAAUGGAUGAAUUUAAGCAAAGGGAGAUUUAUGAUAGAAUCUUCAGAGUAGAGAAUACUGAGAAUCAAUUUCAUACAUUCUUUCAUCAUCUAGAUCAUCAUCGAAGCGAUUACUUCUUGUGGCUGACAGCUUCAGGAAUCUCUGCUGGAAGACAACGUGGAGCAGGCAAGGAUGCAUUGGAUGCUAGUGAUGAUGAGGCUGACGUAAAUGGUGAGGAGGGUUGA